AUUACGGAUAAUUCUGAGCUGGUAUUCUCGCACACUAUAAGUGCAUAGCACCACUACGAUAUAAUCAAGCCGGAAAUACUGAAGAGCAGAACCGAGAUUACCUGCCUGGCUCUUUCACGAACAGCCCGCCCCAGCCAAGCAGCUAUUUCGAGCCAUCUCUCACCCAGCAUGGACCAAAUACAUACUCGGGCCAUCGAGGCCCUCCAACCGUUCAUCGCCCUCGCCAACUCCACCAGCGCCAGCUCCCCUCGCUUUGUCGCCAACAUCAUCACAAACGCGACCUCAAACCCACACACCUUCGUCUUUGCAGAGCUGCUAGAGACGGCUGCCGUCCAGGCCCUCCGCUCCCCGGGCACUCCCGCGGAAUACCAGAGCUAUCUAACAUUACUCGAGAUCUUUGCCUGGGGCACAUGGCAAGAGUAUCAAGAAACACCCAACCUGCCCGCUCUGAGCGAAGCCCAGACGCUCAAACUACGCCUCCUCACGCUCCUCACGCUCUCCUCCACCAUCCAACCCCUCACUUACACCGCCCUGAUGAGCGCCCUGUCCAUCACCGUCCCCUCCGAUUUCGAAUCGCUCGUCACAACAGCCAUCUACUCGUCUCUCAUCAAGGCUCGUCUCUCCCCCGCCUCGACCCCUCCUACCGUCAACGUCACCGCCAUCGCCCCGCUCCGCGACGUAAAGCCCCAAUCGCUAUCCAAAAUUAUCACCGUCCUUACGCAAUGGGAGACCCGCUGUGGAGACGUCAUCAGCGACAUCGAGGCCGAGAUCGCCAAGAUCAAAUCCGAGUCGGCGAAGCGCCGGGCUAAGGAGCAUGCGCGGAACGUGGCCUUCGAACGGGCGCUUGAGGCAUAUCAGACUGAGGCUGCCGGCGUGGUAAGUGGAGGCGAGAGUAGCGCGGCGGGCGGGGCCGCCCGGAGGCACUGGGGCCAGCAGCAGGCGGUCUAUAAUAGAGGGGGUGGGCUGGGGGGCAACAAGCGUGAGUUCAGUGCGGAUGAGUAUGACGAUGAUGAUGGGUUCUGGGAGCAUGGCAAUGAGAUGGAAAUGCAGGCUUCGGGCGGCUCGAGGAUGGAUAUAGAUGAAGGAUCCGGGUCGGGAAGAGCGGCGGGAUCGGGAUCAGCGGGCGCUCGGCAUCCCAAGCGGGUCUUGGGGAAGAAGUCGUAGGGUACCUUCUUGCUAGCUAGCAAUCAAAGAUAG